ACUGCCUGCCUGUUCCGGUAGUGGCUACGUGUAACGUGUAAUUUUAGAGGAAAAUGGCAGAUAGAAAAAACAAUAAUGUUCCUAACACAAGCGCAAAUUUAUUAUUUAGUGCCGCUCCCGAGUUCACAUUCAAUUUGCCUUUCAUGCCAGUGAGUCAGGCCUCUGGCUCGGCAGUGCUGUCAGGAGAGGAUUCUACUGAUGUUGGCGAGGAAGACAGUUUUUUGGGUCAGACUUUUGGGAAUGUACAAGCUCCCUCUACCUUCAGCUACUUCUCCAACCCAGUAACUAGCAGUGACCCGUUUGCUUCUAUUGGCCAACCACCAUGUCCACCACCAUCACUGGCAGGUGCAACCAUGACAACCGUUGCAGCGUCUGUUCCUAGCAGCGUUAAUAUGGCUCCUCCACCACCUCCAUGCUCACAGUUGAACAGUGCUCCUCCUGUAUUUGGCAGUACAGUGUAUCAGAGCCCUAUGGGAUGCCACACUCCUCCCCCUGGCACAAUGACCCCACCACCUGCGCAGGUGCAGCAACAUAGUCAUAACCCGUAUCGACACACUGCCACCAGCAGCAAAGCUAGUCCUUAUAUUCCAGCUCCUGAGGUCCUACCACCAAGCCAGGCAUCGCAACACAAUCCCUACUCUGUCAGUUCAGGGCCACAAACAUUCCCCCCGUCGGGACCUGCAUUCUCAAAGCCUCCUCCCACUCACCUUCAGGCACCUCCACCUCCAGCCAACCCUUCUGGUGCAGUCGUCCCUGCCGGCCUGAGUGUGCAGUACAACUACAAUGUUUAUGAGCCUGUUCAGCCUCACUGGUUCUACUGCAAACUAGUGGAGUUAAAAAGUGUGUGGCUUCCUUUCAGCAUUAUUGACUCCCUCCAGCUUGAGGAGACGUAUAACUCCGUUCAACCAGACCCAGAAAAUGUAAUUGUGCGCACGGACGGAGGUCGUUUUGAUGUGCAGCUCUAUGACCGCAUGCGGUCAGCGGUUUACUGGGAGGAGGAGCCUACAGAAGUGCGGCGUUGCACCUGGUUUUACAAAGGGGACACAGAUAGUCGAUUUAUUCCUUACUCUGAGGAAUUCAGCGACAAGCUUGAGGCAGAAUAUAAGAAAGCUGUAUCUACUAACCAAUGGCACCGUAGACUGGAGUUCCCAUCUGGAGAAACCAUUGUCAUGCACAACCCAAAGGUGAUAGUGCAGUUUCAACCCUCCCCCUUGCCUGAUGAGUGGGGCACUACUCAGGAAACACAGACUCGGCCCAGAGUGGUGAAGAGAGGGAUCGAUGAUGACCAUGAUGAAGUCCCUGACGGAGAGCUCCCUAAGGUGGACCACCUUGUGUUCAUGGUUCAUGGCAUUGGUCCCGUAUGUGACCUGAGGUUUAGGAGCAUGGUUGAGUGUGUGGACGACUUCCGCAGUGUGUCACUGAAGCUGCUACAGAGUCACUUUAAGAAAUCGUUGGAUGAUCACGCCAUUAGCCGGGUGGAGUUCAUGCCUGUGCAGUGGCACACGGCUCUACAUGGAGAUGCCACAGGGGUGGACAGGAGAAUAAAGAAAAUCACUUUACCCAGCACCGGGCGUUUACGUCACUUCACAAAUGAGACCUUGUUAGAUGUGCUCUUCUACAACAGUCCUACAUACUGCCAGACCAUCAUGGACACAGUUGCCUCAGAGAUUAACAGACUACAUGCCCUGUUCUUGAAGAGAAACCCAGAUUACAAAGGAGCAAUAUCUGUGGCUGGACACAGUUUAGGAUCCCUUAUUCUCUUUGACCUGCUGUCAAACCAAAAAACUGAUGCCACCCCUCCCACUAUGCCCACUGUGAAUGGAGACACCAAACAGGUAGCAGCCCCAGUUCCACAGGCUGUCACCCCUCCAUCUGUAGAAGAGGAGCCCAAAGAGGAGGGAGAGGAGUUGGAGGACCUUUCUGCUGCGCUGGAACAUCUUGGCCUGUCUGAGUACAAGAGCACCUUUGAUGAGGAAAAGAUUGACAUUGAAUCCUUUCUCAUGUGUACAAUUGAGGACUUGAAGGAGAUGGGAAUCCCACUUGGCCCUCGGAAGAAGAUCGCCAAAUUUGUCAAAGAAAGAGUGGCUAAACAGAUGGAAGCUCAGGAGAAAAAAAUGGAGGUCCAGGUGGACAGUCAAGUUGUACAGCCCCCACAUGCUGCGGAGACUCUUCCUGAUCCUGGUGUGAAGAAGCUGCCGGUGGGCGUCUCCUCCAUCCAUGUGGACUACAACUACUUUGAAGUUGGCACUGGGCAGGUGUCAGUGGUCUACCAGAAUCUGGACUUCAGUCCAGUGAGUUUCUUUGCCUUGGGUUCACCAAUUGGCAUGUUCUUGACUGUUCGAGGCCUAGAAAAGAUUGAAGAGACCUAUCAGCUUCCAACUUGCAAAGGAUUCUUCAAUAUUUACCAUCCGUUGGACCCAGUUGCAUACAGGAUUGAGCCCAUGAUUAUACCAGACUUGGAAUUGAAGCCUGUUUUGAUACCACAUCACAAAGGAAGAAAAAGGCUCCAUCUUGAGCUGAAGGAGAGUCUCUCCAGGAUGGGCUCAGACCUGAAGCAAGGUUUCAUCAGCUCGCUGAGGAGCGCCUGGCAGACGCUCAACGACUUUGCUCGCGCCCACACGUCGUCUGCUCAGCUUCAGGCAGAGCUGGCCAUCGUGGCCAAUCAGAUCGAAGAGCAGGAGAAGAGAGCACAGGAAGUUUCUGAGCAAAAAACUUUAGAAAUGCCCGAGCCACAAAAAGAAGAGGAACCUCAGGUGAGGAUCGGGAUGCUGAACGCAGGAAAUCGCAUCGACUUUGUCCUGCAAGAAAAGCCCAUUGAGAGUUUCAAUGAGUACCUCUUUGCUCUCCAGAGUCAUCUCUGCUACUGGCAAUCUGAAGACACAGCUCUGCUUAUCCUCAAGGAGAUCUACAAGAGCAUGGGGGUCCAGCCAGAACACGUGGUACAUUAGCACAACAAAGGUUUAUUUCAUGACAGUUUUCCUGGAUUAUGUUUAUUAUUUUUGCUCAUUUACUUUGCUAUCAUGUGAUUUAUUGUAUGCAAAUGUAUAAUACAGUUGUAUUAUGCCAUUUGUCUUAAAUUAAGAAAACUGGCUUGUAGGUGAAAAGACUUUUGACAAGUUUAUUAGAUUUUUAUAGUAUAAACUAUAGAGCUGGACAAGGAACAACUGUCAGAUAAAUGCCAACGGGCAGGAAUGAAGUAGCAGCAGUUAAUGAAGACUUCUCAACAUUUUAUGGCCAAUAAAUCAUUUCCUGGCAUUUGCUCUUUGUGUUGUGUAUGAGAAGGAGAUAUUAACGGAAUGAGCGUUUUACCAAAAGCUUCACUAGUUGCAGUAACAUUCACAGCAGGGUGAGACUCUCUUCUGUCAAAAAAGCCCACUUAACCCACCCUUAAACAGAUUUUCUUAGCUCUGCCUCUAACCUCAGUGAAUGACUAAUCAGAUGUAACACGGCCUCUGGAAUAAAAAUGAAGAACAUCAGAAUGCAGGCACAUGAGAUCAACAUAAUAAAUUCACAUGAAUAAAAGACAAGUAUUUACAGGAGUGUCCACAAGUGGGAAUAAAUAGUGCUGAGGAGUGACACACUUGUUUAGACAAUAAUCUUGGUACCAGCAGACCCUAAAUUAGUUCUGCAUGCUCAAAUGAGAUCUUUGCACCUUCAGCUUGUCACAAUAACAUGCUUCUCUGCUAAGACAGUGACCAAAUGUCAUAUAGUUACAUAAAGUACAAAAGGUCCCUUUUCACCUCAUUGUCAGUCUUAAACAAUAAAUACAUAAUAAAGUUAUAAUAAUAACAUGGCUCCACAUUGUCAAAAGUGGAGCUAUAUUUUGUAAGGAAUUUGCACUUUUUUGUUCAGUUCAUAAAAUUUGAAUAGCUCCAUAAUGCAAGCAUUGUAAUUGGCUUAUGUAAUGAAAGUGGCUUCUGGCUGAGAUCACGUGGAGAACUGUGGUUCAGCAGGAGUAAUUGGUCCUGAUACAGCAGGAAAAUGGUUGGUCUUUGUGGAAAGGACCGCCAGAUGUGCCCUUCAGCAGGUAAAGUAGUAAUGUAAUGGUUUGCUGUAGCUCAUUGAGCCAUGUAGUUGUUUUGUACAUUCAUUUGUCUACAGCUCUGCAGCAAAAUGCAGAAUGAUGCCACACUGUCUUUGCAGGAGUGCAUUCAUAAUGUCAGCAUAUCACAGACUUUACAUGGACGUGACGGACACGCAGGAAGCUGCUCAGUUGUCUGUUUUGCUCUGAGUCUUAAAGGCCUGCUUGCGGAGGUGUGCCUCGAUUUCCUCACGGAACACCAGCAUUCCCAGAUGAGAGUGGGAGGCCUCGUUCAUGGCUUUGGACUGGAUGCACAUGCGGUACUGUUCUGGAGUCAGCUCGUCCGCACACUGCUUCUCGUGCCACAGGUGGAACAGACCUGACACUGGCGUCCGGAUCACUAUCAGGUCGCUCCGAAGAUACUUCCUGUACAAGUGGACGUCUUCCACGCCCCAGCCUUUCACUUCAAGGUCAAAGCCCCCUUAGAGGGAAAUGAUGUUUAAUGAUGAAUACUGAAUGAAAUCAUCAUCAUCAGUGCUUACCAAUAUUAAGGAAAUCUGAGCGAUAUUGACACGUCAUUCCAAAGCCAAAAUCUCUCCAAAAACCAGCAUCCUUCUUGUGAACCUAUUUAAAAUAAACACUGGUGAUCCAUGGUGUUUCAAAUAACUCAAACUACAUCUUUAUCUUACCAGCUGGAGUUCAAUAGGUGGAGCCAGCUCCAGAUUUCCAUGAACUAUGGCGGGAUUGUACAGACUGAACACCACAGGAUAGAACACUUUCUUGUCUAGAACACAAAAUGAGGCCUUUACCCAAAAAAAAAAAAUGUAUUCAAUUAAAAGCAACCGUUUGUUAAAACCUACUUGGAGCAGUAUGGAGACGACAUGUAUUGAGGAAGUCCAGCGUAAAAUGGAUGUCGACGUCACAGAAAAACAUCAAAACGUCGCCUUUGUUCCAGGCGUGUGCUCCAAUAUCCAGCCCCCGACCUCGGGAAAACUCCUCAUCCACUGGGAUUAGCGUGUACUUUGAGAAACCCUCAUCUCUGACAAAAAAACAAUGCGAUAUGUAUUGUAAGUUAUCAAACAAUGCAAAAAGGGAAAUCUACAGUAAGCAAGAAAUAUCAGAACAAGAAAAAAAAUAUUUUCUAUACAGUAGAGCCCCACAUUUCGCGGGGGUUCUGUCUUAGACCCCCCGGGAAUGGCGAAAAACAAGUAACUAAGACACCCAGGAAAACGUCUAUUUUGACACUCCUAACACAGAGGCUCCUUUUUAUUGGUCCACAGCACAUUGUAGAAAUAAAAUUAAAAUAACAGCAAAAAAUGGGAAAAAUACAGCAAAAAACUGAAAUGUUUCUACAAGUACCCACUACUAUGUUGUACUUUUUUAGAGUUUUUAGAAAAUAAAAAAAAUAUAUAUGUAAAAAUAGCAAAGUGACCCCCCCCAUCCCACCACCACCAAAUGCCUCCCUCACUUACAGCGCAACCGAAAAUAAAAAGUGGAACAUAACAUAACUGCACCACAGGGACUAUGCGGGUAUUGAAAUAAACACUUACACACUAAUGUACAUGCAAAACAAUACUGCUUUAGACUGAUUUAUAUCCCACAAGGCAUGCUGGGUAACUUCUUUGGUCAGUGGUCUGACAUUUUAAAUGCCUGGCAAGAAUUUAAUCUUGUUAGUUAAAACGAAGUAUUGGUGACCUUGAUUUCAGUUUUGGAAAUGUAAAGUAUAUUCACAAACCUUGACAUCGUCUCCAACGACGACUUCACCUCCUGAAGCCCCUCUUGUCCGAAAUAGACCACCGUAAGGUGAACCCGCCUGUCCUGCUGUAUGCACACCUCCCUAAAAGACAGGGUUUUUUCCCCAUUUCAUGAGUAUCAAAAGGCAAAAGAAGCUAGAUCCAUUUCAGCAUGAACAAGUUGGGACGCGCAAGGAAGAAACAAAUGUACUCACCUGAAGUUGUGCAAGAACUGUGAGAAGGUUUCUACUCUGCCUGCCAGUGGCACAAUGAUGUUGAUAAUCAUUCCAGAUGUUACUACAGAUGUGCUCCUGACUUUCAUCAGGGGGCCGAAAGGCCUGAAGAGCGUCACGUGACGGAAGGUGCUGGAUUCCUCUUUAGAGAAGAAGAGCUCAUAAAGAGAGCCUUUGUCUCGUUCGGUCCUGUGAAUGCCUGCAAAUAUGGGACAAGGGGGUGCAGUCAAUUACUGUGUGGAUGCUGAGAAACAAAAAACUAAAUAUUUAUCUUAUCUUCCACUCAUUUAGAUGCUUCACUGUAGGACAAGCAACCAUGUGUGGCAUCUCUCUAAAGUGAGUACACCACUCAUCCUUUUAUUACAGUAUGUCUUCACAAGGGACAAUACUAUAGACAUGAAACAUGAAUACACUAGUAGUCACUGUUCGGCUUUUAUAACCGUACAGUAACCCUUCAUUUAUCGUGGUUAAUUGAUUUCAGAAUUGAAUGUGAUAAGUGAAUCUCUGCAAAUAAAUUUAUAAUGGCAUUAUUUAUAAAUGGAAUAUUUUCUUGGUUAGAGCAUAGAAAACAUGUUUCCUACUUUCUUAAUAUGAUGUUUAACAUUAUUAGAGCCCUUUAGACAUGAAAUAACACCCCUAUAGUCACCUUUACACUCGUAUUUCCCAAAAUAGUAGACAUAAGUAGGGGUGUCACACGAUACUCAGUUGACGAGAUGAGGCGACGCAUGAGAUUGGGAGACAAGAUUUGUUUACCUUUACUUUUAAGAAAAGUAUAAAGAAAAAAAAUAUAUAUCUACUAAUUGAAUUUCUACUACGUUACACACCUCUGCACUCUAUGUAUGCUACCAGCCCGCCUCCACUCACCGAGAGAAAGAGACUGUGUGACUGACAAAAGGGCUCACUCCAUUCAUGCAGUUGUUCUGUGAAACAAACACACCAGGCUACUGAAACCAAUGCGCAGUGAACCCUCUUCCUGCCUGUUUGGAGGCGAGAGACGAGGAAAACAGACACGCAUGCACAUGGUGAGAUCUUAUGACACGAGAUCUUGUGACACCCCUGAUAAUAACAGAAAAUAAGCCGUUUAAGACAAAUAAAACUCAUGCUCGUGUGUGUUGAGGUAAAUGUGUUCCGGCAUUAGGGCAGGCGAGUGGGUGACAGACAGGAAGUGACGUUGACGGUUCAGAGUUGAGUUUCAAACCUGCAAUAAAAGCCCGUUAUCUCGGCAAUCUAGUCUGGUCCUUGUGUGUUUCACC